CUGAACUCUGCGACUUGCCGUAGAAAGGUUGCAGCUGCUGUAGUUUUAUGUUUUCAAAGAAACCCUUCUGUCUGACGAGAUGACAGCUUGCGCUUACUUUAGAAUGUUGUCAAAGUAGUCUGGUGGUGUCUGUCAUCGUGACGGGAGGAUGGACAGGCGUGGCAGUGUGGUGGACCUGCAGAGCAGACUCCCCUCACCCAGUCCACAAGACCCCCUGCUCUGCCCUGACUCACACAUGGAUGUUCAGGGGUAUAAGUGGGUGCGCUGGCGGGUGUGGUUGUGUCGUCUGGCUGCCGUGCUGUCCUUGGGUCUCCUCCUGAUUGUGUUUCACUGGCGUCCACGGCUUGCUGUUCUCGCCCGCUGCUGCUCCUGUCCUCUGGCUUUGGCAGAUAUUCUGCUGCUAAGAGACAGUUUUGGCCAGCAGCAUGUGGUGGAGGUCCACACGGAGGAGAUGGAGGAAGGCAGUUUGGAGUUUCUGGGACAGCAGGAGGAUGCUGAUUGGAGAGAUACAGUUAAGCUGUACAAGGAUGAGAAAACGCUGCUGCGCUACUACAUGUUUGAAGGGCUGCGCUACAUCUGGCUGGACAGGAAAGGAGCUUUCUGUCGUGUUAGUGUCCUCAAUGAGGACUGGACUUGCAGAGACCUGCAUGGCUUCCAGAAUGGCCUAAGUCCCCUGGAGCAGAGCCUGAGGAGACGCAUGUAUGGGACCAACCUUAUUGACGUGCCUGUGAAGCCUUACACAAAGCUGCUGUAUGAGGAGGUGCUCAACCCAUUCUAUGUGUUCCAAGUGUUCAGCAUCAUCCUGUGGACGAUUGAUAACUACUAUAUUUACGCCUUAUGUAUAUUUAUUAUCUCAAUCAUCUCCAUCAUUGUCUCACUUUAUGAGACCCGCAAGCAAAGCGUCACUCUUCGUGACAUGGCUCGCUUGGUCACGGAUGUCACAAUACGUAGAAACUCAGGAGCGGAGGAACGCGUGAGUUCUGUGGAACUGGUCCCUGGAGACUGUCUGAUCAUCCCUCAGGAAGGUCUGCUGCUGCCCUGUGAUGCUGCCCUACUGGCUGGGGAGUGUCUCGUCAAUGAGAGCAUGCUCACAGGUGAGAGUGUCCCGGUACUGAAGACCCCUCUGUCAGCUGUUGACACAAAGUACAGCUCAGAGACUGAACGCAGACACACCCUUUUCUGUGGUACCCAUAUUAUUCAAGCCAAAGGUGGGAACCCUGGAGGCGGCGGUGCUCUUGCAGUGGUCACAAGUACCGGGUUUUUCACAGCUAAAGGAAACCUGGUCAGCUCCAUUUUGUACCCUCAACCAAUCAACUUCCGCUUUUACCAAGAUGCUGGCAAGUUCCUGCUCAUCCUCGGUUUUGUUGCUUUCAUUGGCUCCAUUUACGUUUUUGUGGUCCUCUAUAGAUCAAAUGCGACCUGGAUGCAGUUGAUUAUUAGAAGCCUGGAUAUCGUGACCAUCGCAGUUCCUCCCGCCCUUCCUGCUGCCAUUACCACAGGCACUAUCUACGCUCAGCGCAGGUUGAAGAGUCAGGGUAUCUUCUGCAUUAGUCCCCCACGCAUCAACAUCUGCAGCAAGAUCUCAGUCUUUUGCUUUGACAAGACAGGAACUCUGACGGAGGAUGGUCUGGAUGUGUGGGGAGUGAUGGAGGGGGGGCCUGCCGGGUUCUCGGAGCUGGUCCCAGACCCCAGACUCCUACCUGCAGGGCCCAUGCUAUCUGGACUGGCCUGCUGUCACACUGUCGCAAUGCUGCGAGGUGAGCCGCUCGGAGACCCUUUAGAGCUCAAGAUGAUGGAGUCCACUGGCUGGGCUCUCCAGGAGCCAGAUGGAGAUGGAAAUGGGCUGAAUGUUGAGUUUGGAGGCCACAGGGUUUUGGCUGUAAUGAGACCUCCUACUCAAAGCAAUUCCACAAGCGAGGCAGUGGCCAUUGUGAGGAGGUUUCCUUUCUCCUCAGCCCUGCAGAGGAUGAGUGUGGUGACGGUGGCCUACAGGGGAAGCUCAGCUACUGCCUUCAUCAAAGGAGCCCCAGAGAUGGUGGCAAGCCUCUGUCGUGCAGAAACAGUGCCAACACAGUUCUCCAGCAAACUGCGUGACUUCUCCAGUGAAGGCCUCAGGGUGCUUGCACUCGCAUAUAAACCAAUAGACGUGAACUCCGACUUGAAGACCAUUGAACGAGGGGAAGUAGAGAAAGACAUGCAGUUCCUUGGCUUGCUGAUGAUGAAGAACCUGGUGAAGCCUGAAAGUCCUGUGGCUAUUAACAUCCUGAGAGUGGCACGUAUUCGUAGUGUUAUGGUCACGGGGGACAACAUUUUAACUGCAGUCAAUGUAGCAAAAACCUGUGGGAUGGUGGAAUCUGAUGAGAAGGUGAUUUUCGUCACUGCUACCCCCCACACUGCCCACUCUCUGCCCACCUUGCGCUUCACUGUGGAAGACGGACAGCCCAUUGCCACCCAAAACUCCACUGAGGUCAUCACUCAGGGUCUGUAUCAGAGUGGUUUUGGCUAUCACUUGGCUAUUAAUGGCAAGUCCUUUGCUGCCCUCUGUGACUGUUUCCCAGAGCAUCUUCCAAAGGUUUUGAUGCGAGCUACAGUAUUUGCACGCAUGGCCCCCGAUCAGAAAACCCAGCUGGUGAAGGAGCUGCAGAAACUAAACUACCGAGUGGGAAUGUGUGGGGACGGAGCCAAUGACUGUGGUGCCCUGAGAGCUGCUGAUGUCGGCGUUUCCCUGUCUGAAGCCGAGGCUUCAGUGGCUUCACCUUUCACUUCCAAGACAGAGAACAUCAGCUGUGUGCCGCUGCUUAUCAAAGAGGGUCGAUGUUCUUUGGUCACCUCUUUCAGUCUCUUCAGAUACAUGGCACUCUACAGCCUUAUUCAGUUCAGCUCAGUCGUCAUUCUCUACACAGUGAAGACGAGCAUUGGAGACCUGCAGUUCCUGUACUUUGAUCUUUUUCUCGUGACGCUUCUCGCCAUUGUGAUGGGGAAAGGAGGCCCCAGCAAUGAGCUGUACCCCUGCAGACCUCCAGCCAGUCUACUGGCCCUCCCUGUCCUGGGCAGCCUCUUCAUCCACACUUGUUUGAUCAUCCUGGGCCAGGUGGCUGCUCUCCUCAUCACCAUCUCACAGGACUGGUAUAUUCCACUGAAUUCGACAGUGUGUGGGGCAGCCAAUCUGCCCAACAUGGAAGACACCAGUGUGUUUGACUUGUCAGGUUUCCAGUACAUCAUCAUGGCCGUGGUGGUCACCAAAAGUUACCCUCAUAAAAAACCUCUCUACCACAAUGUGGCGUUCCUCUGUUUGCUGGUCAUCCAUUUUGCUGUGAUGUUCUGGCUGGUGUUCUAUCCCGGACCUGUCUUUAGCGGUGUCCUCCAACUAUACAGGAUCCCUGAUAAAAAUUAUAAAUUGCUUCUCAUUGCACUGGCUGCUCUCAACUUCCUUACUUGUUUCUUUGUGGAGUUGCUGAUAGACUGUGGGAUUUUGAACUGUCUUCGACUGCUACGUGGGAGGCGCCAAUCCAAGAAGCAGUAUAAGCAACUGAACGCCGCUCUGUCUGACCCCAGAUCAUGGCCGCCCCUUAAUCAAACAUUGUCCCCCACAGAUCACACAGUCGUCUGCUGCAGCUAGCAUCUGCUCAACCCUCUGCUGGACACUGUCCCCAAAUUAGGGAUGUUUGAGCCAUAUCCACAACUUGACCAACAAUGCAAUGUUUACCUGUAGCGCUAAAAACUUUAUCUUUUGGAAAAUGCUAACUUUCUAUCAGAUGCCUUGUUUUUUUAAUGAAUGUGCAUAAACAUUUUUUUGGAAAUCGUUUUAUUAAAUCUGUAUUUACAGGCAGUUAUUGUUUGCACUCGGAGCUCAGCUUAAACACGCCUGUCUCCGUAUCUGCCACUACAUUACCUUAUCAGAACUGUGAAUUUACCCUUCAGACACUUUCAGAAAUAAGAUCAAUAACCAGGAAGUAAAGAUGUGAUACAGGAGGCACAAGCUGAAUUCAACCCUUACACGAACCAUUUUUGUACUGAUGAUGUUGCUCCACUGAAUAUGGCUUUGAGAUCUCCUCCAUUUGAACAAAUAAAAAGGUGAAAACUUUUAA